CUUAUUAUUUAAAAUUUAUUUAAAUAAAAUUAAUUUAAUUCUGCUUUAAUCAAUUCAUUAAUACAAAUGGCUAAAUUAUCUACACUUAUUAUUAUUUUUGCAAUCGUUGCAUCUGCCCAUACCACCGCUUUAUGGUUAAAACGCGCAACACCUCGAACUGUAAUGGUGGAAAGUGAAAAAGUAUUCUGCUCGUUUCUUCCAAAAACGUAUAGGGAAGAAAUCAGGAAUAGUGAAGACGAUGCUAUAACAUUUUGCACUGAGGCUAAUCCUGUCAAUGCACCUGAAGCCAAAAAAUUUCCCAACGGUUUCAUUAAGUCUGCUAACUUUGCUAAAGGAAAAGAGUUUGUUCAAAUAACCGGUACCAUUGACAGAACUAAGUACAAAUUGAAAAAAAGUGAUAGAGGCGUAUGCAAAGGAUUUAAAAAUUUCGUGAACUUAGUUGAACCUGAUAUUAACACAUUCUGCAUUCGCUGCUGCACUGACACCAAAAAGUGCAAAACUGGAAAGAGUACUAAAGGUUGUGCUGUUGUUGUCCCUGGUGAUUACAGUUAAAAUCAAAUAUUUUUAAUAUAGUAAUUAUUAUUAAUUACACUUAGUUUAAUUAUACCAUUAGUUAACAAUUUAUACCUUUACAUUAAUUAAUUUUAUAAAUUAAAAUUACGUGUUUAAGAAAAAAAAUUAAUAAUUUUUUCUUAGAUUUUUAAACUUUGCAAAAUGAUGUCAAAUGGACUAGUUACACAAAUUAUCAUUAUACUUUAUUAUUAGACCUU